UAGCAACCACGAUCAACUUUAACGAAAGUCGACACGUUCAAUUAACGUAUUAUUUUAAGCUCGGAUCAAAGCAUCUUAUCAAUGGCAUUAAACGUAGAAAGUCGAAGGAGUAGAAUAGACUUUUUGUCCAUUCCAAAAAGGGCACCGGAAGGAUUUAUUGAGGAUAAACAAUCAGUGUAUUCAGACAAUAAAAUUUGUAAAAACUGGAGCAAACCACAGACAACAACAACAGCAAAUCUUUCAUCGAGAUUGAAGCAAAUUUCCCAAUCUAAGACAUUAUCACCAGAAUAUGAGGGUGACAGGCCAUCACCAAUAUGGCAAGUCUCAGCAGCAGCAAAGCUAGCCAAACCAAGUGUAAGACUAGGAACUCUAUCCAAAUCAAAGGUGUUUCAUCAAGACUACAAGCCACCAAAAAGUGUCUACUCAGUAGUCAGUGAUGCAGCAAUAUCUGCCCGUCCUUCAGCCAGGGUAGAUAGUCUUGCAAAGCCAAAAAAUUCGUCAGCUUUGCCAACUAAUCAGAGUCUUUGGGAUUGGAGUGAAUGGGAUAGUGCUGUAACAGAGGCAUCUAAGUUGGCAAGUCCAUCAGACCAUAUUCUUAGUUUGGCCACACCCAAGAAAAUGCAUAAUGAAUAUAGGGAAUGUCGUGAGGUGCAAUGGAAUGUAACUAAAAUGACAAUGAAGGCAUUGCCCUCUCUAAGAAUACAACAGCUUUCAAGACCAAAAAGUCAGUCACAUUAUGUUGAUCACUAUGAUGAGAAUGCAUACAAAGUGUCAAUAGCAGCUAGACAUGUUCAAGCUAACCCUAGGUUAGAAGAACUAUGUAAGCCACUGCCAAGGAAAGUAAGGCAAAAGAAGGUUUGACUACAUCUUCAUGAGGAGUUUUUAUAAAAUACAAACUCCUGCUUUAAUUAAGCAAUGAAUUUAUAAUGGUAAAUUUAAAAUAUUAACAUGAAUAAUGAAAGUUUUCUUUUCUAAUGUGCAAAAUUUUGAUUCUUGAAAGGCAAUAAAUAUUAUCAUCAACUUUGUAA